AUGUCCUCGUCUUCUUCGUCUGUUUCUUCUUCUUCUUCUCCGAGAGGUUUCCAAGCCGCUCGCGAGCGCUUGAAUCUUCAAAAACAACACGACCGUGAAGGAAAUGGAGGAAUGGAUGUUUUUCUGAAACGCACCGACGCCGGUCGGUAUCUCUCCUCGCUGUUCUUUGAGAAGGAUGAUAACACGAAAUGGAUUUUGAAUGUGGCGGGUGUUCUGUUUUUGUGCGUGAUGUGCGUGUUCGCUCUGGCUGGUUUUGAACACGUUUUUCGAGGAGGAGGAGGAGGAGUUGUUGUAGAGGCGAAGCCACCGGUUUUAUCAGAACGAGAAGAAGAAAAAGAAGAAGAAGUUAAAGAAGAAGAAGAGAAAACGACGACGAAAACACUCUCAGUGGAAAGCAUACAAAACAUGACCGAGGACGAGUUGCGCGUCCUGGAGCUUUCGGUAAAAAUGAGAGACGUUUUGAGCAAAGAGAAGAGCAACGCGUUGCGCGAGGCGCGGUUAUCGGUGGAGCGAAAACAGUUGGAAGCGAAAUUAGCCGGUUUGGAUUUGAAGAAAGAAUCGAACGAGACGAUGAAAACGACGAACGAUAUGAAGAGGGAGAGUUUGGAGUUUAAGAUGAAACUGAACAGAGAGAAGGUGUUUAGGGAGGACGUGGCGGACGCGUUGAGGACGGGAUUGGUCGUCGUUUGCGGAGCGCUCGUUUAUUUCGGGUGGAACGUCAUUCGAGACGCGUGGUUGAACGAGAGCGAGAUUUGUUACUCGUCGUCGUCGUCGUCGUCUUCUUCGUUCUCGUUGAUUCCUGCGAACCUGGCGUAUUUUUUCGCCACGUUUAUCAACCGCUUGGAAAAACUGUGGUGCGUCUCCAAAACGUUCGCCAAAGCCGCCAUCACCUCGGUCGCGAGUUUAUACUGUUCCAAAAUAGUCGUCAAAUUCGGUCUCCUCUCCGGCACAAACUCCACCGUCUCCCCGCUUUCCUCCAUAGCGUUAACUCUCGGCGUCGGCGGAGGGUACCUCGGUCGCAAAUUCGUCCGAUAUUUACGAGGCGACGAGUUUGCGUUUCUCUUUUUGUGGACGACGUAUGUUGCUAUCGUUUUCCUCGCGAACGAAUCCGCCGAUCGCCUCGGUCGGGAGAUUUUACAGUCCACUUUGAGGAGGGUACUUUUUAGAUUUAUCGUUGGGUUUCUGGUGCCCAUAAUCGUCGCCAGCGUGCCGUUUAGAGAAGCGUUCUUCGUUUAG